GGUUGAACCAGUUGAUCAGUUAGUUGAUGCGCUUCGGUAAAAUUGGAGGCUUUUUUUCUCUUGGAUUAGCCAUUUCAGUGAACGUAGAACAAUAUGUGUUCGAAGCAGAUCCGACAUAUACUGGAACUCACGCCCCAAGAACGGAAAGAAUUUGUGGAUUCUUUCGACUCUGUCAUUUGCGAUUGUGAUGGUGUCCUCUGGACCGUUUUCGAACCCAUCGCAGGAGUGGCCGAAGCGCUGGCCACCCUUCAAACGCACGGAAAAACGAUUCGCUACAUCACGAACAACAGCGUACGAUCGUUCGAUAGCUAUGCCACUCAGUUUCAAUCACUUGGAGUAUCGUUGGAACCGUCGGAUAUUAUCCAUCCGGCCCUUUCGGUGGUUCGGUAUCUCAAGUCGGUAAGCUUCGAAGGUCUGAUCUACUGCAUCGCCACGGAAAGCUUUAAAACGGUUCUCCGUGAGGCAGGAUUCGUACUGUUGGAUGGACCCAGCGAUCCGGUUGAAGAAUCUUUCAAAAAGAUCAUUGCCACCGUCCACGAUCGGAGUCCGGUGCGAGCUGUCAUCGUGGAUGUGGAUUUCAAUGCAAACUAUCCGAAGCUGUUGCGAGCAGAGUUGUACCUUAAAAAUGACCCAAACUGUCUGUUGAUUGCCGGUGCAACGGAUAAAUUGCUGCAUGCAAAGCGUGACUUCGAUCUGAUCGGUCCGGGAUAUUUCCUCGACAUACUGGAACAGGCAACCGGCAGGAAAGCGAUCGUUUUGGGGAAACCCGGUGUUCCUCUGGCGGAACAGGUUCUGGUCCUGUACGCAGUCGGAAGUCCGCGGCGUGUUUUGUUCGUUGGAGAUAUGCCCGGCCAGGAUGUUGCAUUCGGAAGUUGCUGCGGAUUCCAAAAGCUUCUCGUCCUGUCGGGUGGAACAUCGCGGCAGGAAAUGAUGCAACUGAAGGAUCCGGAUUGUGUGCCGGAUUACUACGCCGAUAGUUUGGCCGAUAUCGUUCGUCUGUUUCAGUAGGCCGAAAGGAUUUCUCUAUACACUGAACAGUUAGAUGGCGUGGUUUUUUUUUACACAGAGAGGAUUAUUCCGUAUAUUUCAUACUCUAAAUCCGUUGAAAAUAUAUAUAGAUUUGUUCCAGUAAGAGA